ACCACAGUAUAAAAGCAGGCAAGCUCAGACAGUGUAUGGCGGACGGUGCGCCCGCUCUCUUCUGAUAUGGUUUGUGAAGUUUUGUCUUAAAUCAGAAGUGAUGGCGACUCCAAAUCCAGUGCCGAAACUCUAUCGAAGCGUGGUAGAAGAUGUUGUAAAUAACGUACGAGAAUACUUCCUGGAUGAAGGAGUGGAUGAGCAAGUCCUGCAGGAAUUGAAACAGAUCUGGGAGAGCAAGCUGCUGCAGUCCAAAGCCAUUGACUCGAUGCCUGCAGAGAAUGAGCAUGUCCUCUCCACGCAGUUUGCGCUACAGGAGCAACAGGCUCUAAGACAAAAGCAGCAGCAGGAAGAUGCUGCAAGACAACAGCAAGCUCAAGCACAGGCACAGGCUACCAUGGCAGCAGUGGCAUCUGCUGGGGGGCUAGCUAAUGUUCCAGUCACUCUCAUUCCCCAUCUUCUUCCAGCAGCAUCUGUAGUUACACUGUCGGCCCCAGCACAGCAAGCAGCCAUGGCACUUCCAUCACAGUAUCUGCAGCAGCUUACUGGAAGUCAAACCACCCAAAUUGCAAUACAGACAAAUGCCGGCACCGCUUACCUGCAGAUCCCUGUCAGCGUAGCACAGCAGCUGGCCGCUGCCCAGCAAUCACCAGGUGGCGCUCAGCAGGCCCAGCUCGCUGUGCAGGCAGUACUGCGAAAUGCCGGCAUCCAGUUCUCAACGCAGCCGGCUGCCACCCAGGCACAGAAUACGACACCCUCAGUCACGAAAACGUCUGGGAACCUGCCACAACUAGAUGGCCCCAGUGAAGAAAAAAUAAACUCAGAUGAGGCAACAGUUGAAUGGAAGUGUCCUGGUGUGGCUCAAGAGGGCACAAGGAGCAAGGCGAGACCUGUAAAAACAAGACGUUCAUUAGCAAAGAAAGCUCAAGGCCAUUUACUACUACAAGUCGAUGGAAGUGGUGACACCAGUGAUGAGGAUGAUGAUGAUGAUGCUGAUGACGACGACGAUGAUGAUGACAAUGAUAACGAUGCAGAAAACGAUGACAAUGAAUUUGAAGGAGAGGAAGAGGACCCAUUAAACUCUGAGGAUGACGUUAGCGAAGAGGAGCCAUCCGAACUCUUUGACACUGACAACGUUGUUGUCUGUCAGUAUGAUAAGAUCACAAGAAGUCGUAACAAGUGGAAGUUCUAUCUGAAGGACGGCAUCAUGAACCUUCAGGGCAGGGACUUUGUCUUUCAGAAAGCUGUCGGUGACGCGGAGUGGUGACGUAGUGUGGUGAGCCCACUAGCGCCGCUAAGCAACUCCGACAGACCAAACAAUGGCUGCAGUGGACGUUUGCCUGCCCGACCGUGGCUGGACAGCGAGCUGCUUGCUAUCUGUGGGCGAAAUUAAUGCAUUAGUAAUAGUGCUUGUCAUCGAGUACUUCCACAGGAGCAAUUAUCGUCGUUAUUGGUGUUGUAAUUCUUUGCUGCCAUUGUAGAGAUAACGUCCCGCUCAUGUCUGUGUUAAUGGGAUAUACGUCCAGCCGACUGCCUUCUACACAUAGUACCGGUUUAUGUGUGCGCAUCACAGAUGUGAAGUUGGGCUUACUUUGCGAACGGGACAACUUCUGGCUUUUUUAUUUGCCUAUCCCGAGUGACAGCUUAUAGGCAAUUAAGGCAUAUCGUCCAACUCUUGCUGUCAGCUUACAUGUUCUCCCAAAAUAUCACUACAGAGGUUAUAAUUUUCAACCACCUUGCAUAUCGUUUGAAUGAAGUGCAGCUGCUGAUGUGAAUCCCUCAUUGUGUAAAGUGUGUAUAAGAAGUACGCGUGACCAGUGGUGUACCUUAUUGCAAGCAACUGCGUGUGUAACAUAUACACAAGAUGCUGUUGUCCUAGGUGGUGCUUGCAUGUUUGGUUUCGGUGUGCCUUGUAACGACUACUGCCGUCGUUUUGAGCGAUUGGGUGAGGGAGUGAAAGUGGCAUCACGUGUACAGAGUAAUCGUCUUUACUGUUGUCGUGGAUUCUUUGAGGUGGGGGGAAAUUCGUCUGACCGCAGCGCGAGAAUUAAGUGUAUUCGAUGAGAAAUCAUGUUGGGGGGCACGAGUAAGUUGUGGAGCAAUGGUUCACUAGCAGUAUGAACGUUCAGGAGGGCACAGUUGUGAAACAUGAUCGCAUAUCAACAGCAGGUUGUCACAUUGCAAUUUUUAAGUACAUCGGUAAGACAUAUUUUCCUGCUUCUGUAUUUUUCCUAGGCUGCUACAGGUGCUGUCUCACGCAUUGCUAAAUAUAUAUAUUAUGACACGUUUUGUUGACCAAAGAUGUAAAAGUUUUGUAAAUAAAAAAAGUAUUAAAUGAAAAAA